AUGGCUGAGCGAAUGACCUGGGAUCUUCAUGCUGAUCAUGACCUGCUUACGGCCAUGAUGCAGGAACUCCACCCGACGCAGGAGCAGCUGCGCGGUAUCAUGGCUCGCAUGCACGGCUUCGGCUACACUUGCACUGUCAAAGCGAUCACUCAGCACCUCCAAAAGCUCCGCCGCAAGGAGGAGAAGAACGGCGGAGGCGACGGUGCUGCGGGCCCGUCGACCCCGAAAACCUCAGGCGGCCGCAAGAAGAGCGUCGCUUCCAGUGUCAAGAAGGAGCCUGGCUCCGGUACCAAGCGCAAGCCGGUCGCCGUCAUGAGCGAUGACGAAGAAGACAUGAAGCCGUCCAAGAAGUUUAAGGACGAGCCCGUCAAAAAGGAGGACUCUGGCAAGGACUCCAACAUUGCCUACGCCGGUUGA